GAAGAACAAAUAAGCCAAAAUAAAAGCACAGCUUCUUCUGAUCCCCAUGUCGGAGAGGACGGCAAAAACGUAUACUCAUGUCUCUAAUCGAGCGAAAGCUCAAAAGGAGAAGGAGAAGGAGAAGGAGAAGGAGCGGAAGGUUGUCCUCAAGAGUGUUCUAGAUAACCCAUUUCGCAUUCGAUGGCCUUCAGUUCCAGUGAACUUGCAAAACUUGAUAUUGGCCCAAGUUUUAUUACUUGUGGAAGGCGUGGCGGCAUAUCAAUCGCGUGCAAAACAGGAGCGUACUCGUUGCAAGAAUAUUGACCGGAAGCCGAAGGCAGACAAAAGCGCGGUCGCUGCUACAUCUUCUACAGAAAUCAAUCCCGAUGCUGCAUCUGCUCUUGCCAAUGUUGAUGUAGCCGUGAAUUCCAAACGCAAGAGAGACGGAAAUGAUGAUCUAGGAUCUGGGAAGAAAAAAAAGCGGAAAACAGUAGCUUCUAUUUCUGUCCCAACUAUGUCGUCGACGCAGGUGGAUUCUAGCGUCGUCAGCCCUCCAGCUUCAACUGCGACUUCCAAACGGAAGCGCGAGGUGCAGGACGAGCAAGGCGGUGAGAAGAAGCAGAAGACGACCCAGUUGGAAGAGGCAUUGCCAAUAGAUGCUCCCUCUACGAAUGGACACGGUACCAAACUUGUUACUAAUGGCGAAUCUGGUGUUCCUUCCGCAAGUGUUUCUGAUCAUGCCGAUAUCCCUCCUCCAUCUUCCAUUUUGAAACAUCUCGUCAUCGGAAUCAACGCUGUUACAAAACGUCUUGAAUGUCAAAUUCAAGAAGCGCGCCGCACGAUUGUUAUUUCGAGUUCGGAUUCAACAGAACAAUCUUCCGUGCCACCUCGACUGCUCAAGUACAUUUUUGCCUGUCGUACUGAUGUUGAUCCUCCUAUCCUCAUUGACCACAUCCCGCAUCUCGUCGCUUCCUUCAACUCUUGCAAACCAUCCGAAUGUAUCAAACUUAUACCGUUACCGAAAGGCGCUGAAGUUACGCUAGCAGAGUGCUUCAAUAUACGCAGGCUUGCCGUGUUUGCCUUUGACAACGAAACCGUCGGUUUAUCGGCGCUUUCUACCAUAUUAGAAGCUGUGCCUGUGAUUGCAGCUCCCUGGUUGGUGCCACAAUCAAAUGUAUCCGACAAUCAAAUGGUUCCAACCCACAUUAAACAAGUCUGUACUUCUGCACCCAGGGAUAUGAAAGCAGCGAAAGAGAAGAGGGCUGCAGGCAGGGCUGCGGCGAAGCAGAAAUGGAGAAAAGAUGUGAGAGGAGACGGAAAAUAACCUCGCAAGUUGUCUAGUGGACAAAUGCUACUUUCAAGUAUUCUGUUCAAUGAUUGUUGGGCGGGUAUUCUUCUGUGAAAUUUGACUGGGUGGCUAGCCCCAUUACAAUCACGAA